AUGGAGCGGAAAGGUGAGCGGUGGAGCGGCCUCCGCCACGAGGGGCAACGGCCGCCGGGGCGAGGCCCGGGUCAGCGCCGGGAGCCUCGCCAAACCGCCGCGGUCCGGUCCUCGGGCGUGCGGCGCCCUUCCUCUGAGGUGGCGCCGACCCCCACCCCCAGUCUCCGGGCUGCGGGUCCGCGCCCCUCAGCCCGGGCGUCCUCCGGCGCUGGCGGUCACCGCCCCUCGUUCCCCGCCUGGCGGUCUCGCGCCUUGGGGCCACUCCUGAGCCCGACCCUGGGCGGGCGAGGCCGAGUCCCGCCCGCCCGCUCCCAGAUCCGGCCCGAGCCCCCUCGGGCGCAUCCCGCCCGGGCGCUGCGGUGCGCCCCGUGGGCCGCCAGUCCCCGGGCCGGCCGCCUAGCCAAAGCCGCGGCGCUCGCCCCGCAGCCGCCCCUCAGACAGGCCCUGCAGCCGUGCCUGGCGCCCCUGCUAGGUCUCCACCCUCACCUUGGUCGCCUCUUUUUCUCCACAUUCGCCCUUCACCCAUCCCUCUCUCCUGCAGUGCUUGCGCUCCAGGCCCGAAAGAAAAGGACCAAGGCCAAGAAGGACAAAGCCCAAAGGAAAUCUGAAACUCAACACCGAGGCUCUGCUCCCCAUUCUGAGAGUGAUAUACCAGAGCAGGAAGAGGAGAUUUUAGGAUCUGAUGAUGAUGAGCAGGAAGACCCUAAUGAUUAUUGUAAAGGAGGUUAUCAUCUUGUGAAAAUCGGAGAUCUGUUCAAUGGGAGAUAUCAUGUAAUCCGAAAGUUGGGCUGGGGACAUUUCUCAACAGUGUGGUUAUCAUGGGAUAUUCAAGGGAAGAAGUUUGUGGCAAUGAAAGUAGUUAAAAGUGCUGAACAUUAUACUGAAACAGCUCUAGAUGAAAUCCGGUUGCUGAAAUCAGUUCGCAAUUCAGAUCCUAAUGAUCCAAAUAGAGAAAUGGUCGUUCAACUACURGAUGACUUUAAAAUAUCAGGAGUUAAUGGAACACAUAUCUGCAUGGUGUUUGAAGUUUUGGGACAUCAUCUGCUCAAGUGGAUCAUCAAGUCCAAUUAUCAGGGGCUUCCACUGCCUUGUGUCAAAAAAAUCAUUCAGCAAGUGUUACAGGGUCUGGAUUAUUUACAUACAAAGUGCCGAAUCAUCCACACUGACAUUAAACCGGAAAACAUCUUGUUGUCAGUGAAUGAGCAGUACAUUCGGAGACUGGCCGCAGAAGCAACGGAAUGGCAGCGAUCUGGAGCUCCUCCACCUUCAGGAUCUGCAGUCAGUACUGCUCCCCAACCUAAACCAGCUGACAAAAUGUCAAAGAAUAAGAAGAAGAAAUUGAAGAAGAAGCAGAAGCGCCAGGCAGAAUUACUAGAGAAGCGAAUGCAGGAAAUUGAGGAAAUGGAGAAAGAGUCGGGCCCUGGGCAAAAAAGACCUAACAAGCAAGAAGAUUCAGAGAGUCCUGUUGAAAGACCCUUGAAAGAGAACCCAUCUAAUAAAAUGACCCAAGAAAAACUUGAAGAGUCAAGUUCCAUUGGCCAGGAUCAGACACUUAUGGAACCUGGUGUAGAGGGUGGUGCAGCAGAAAUUAAUUGCAAUGGAAUAAUUGAAAUCAUAAAUUAUACUGAGAACAGUAAUAAAGAAACAUUGAGGCUUAAAGAGGAUCUGCAUAAUGCUAAUGACUGUGGUGUCCAAAAUUUGAAGCAGGAACCUAGUCUCCUAAGCUCCCAAAAUGGAGACAGCAGCACAAAUGAAGAAAUAGACUCUUGUACACCUGUAACUUCUGAGGUGUCAGAUACCAUGGUGUGCCAGUCUUCCUCUAAUGUAGACCAGUCAUUUGGUGAACAGGACAUCAGCCAACUUCAAGAAAGCAUUCGGGCAGAGAUACCUUGUGAAGAUGAGCAAGAGCAGGAACAUAAUGGACCACUGGACAAUAAAGGAAAAUCCACUGCUGGAAAUUUCCUCGUUAAUCCCCUUGAGCCAAAAAAUGCAGAAAAACUCAAAGUGAAGAUUGCUGAUCUUGGAAACGCCUGUUGGGUGCACAAACAUUUUACUGAAGACAUUCAAACAAGGCAAUAUCGCUCCCUGGAAGUUCUGAUAGGAUCUGGCUAUAAUACUCCUGCUGAUAUUUGGAGCACAGCAUGCAUGGCCUUUGAACUGGCCACAGGUGACUAUUUGUUUGAACCUCAUUCAGGGGAAGAGUACACUCGAGAUGAAGAUCACAUUGCAUUGAUCAUAGAACUUCUGGGGAAGGUGCCUCGCAAGCUCAUUGUGGCAGGAAAAUAUUCCAAGGAAUUUUUCACCAAAAAAGGUGACCUGAAACACAUCACGAAGCUGAAACCCUGGGGCCUUUUUGAAGUUCUAGUGGAGAAGUAUGAGUGGUCUCAGGAAGAGGCAGCUGGCUUCACAGAUUUCUUACUGCCCAUGUUGGAGCUCAUCCCUGAGAAGAGAGCCACUGCUGCCGAGUGUCUCCGGCAUCCUUGGCUCAACUCCUAAGUCCCUGCCCAGCACUGCAGCAGAGAUCACCACACUGACCACCCCCCACCCACUCCCUUCCAAGCAUUUCCCUCUUCUCUUUUCAGGGCAAAGCUCUUUCUUCAAGGGUUUCUAGAUUUUUCUUCGUCUUUUUUUAUUCUUUAAUCCAACAUGUUCAUUUGGGUUUGCUCACUUGAACCUGUGGAGGUCCCCACAGCCAUUCCGCAUCCUAGGUGAAUUUGGCCUUGGUAGGGCUCUGCCAAAGACUAAUGGACUAAAAAUGUGAACAGCCUCUUGGCCUAUACCUUUGCCUUUCCAUUAGAGCAUCCUUCAAAUUAUAAUAACCCUUUUUAAAAAGAGCCUUUAAGAUAUAUGAGCCCAUCUUUUUAUUCAUGGACUCUACGAGUCAAAUUUUCUAGUGAAUAKCCUAUUGCCAGCAUAAGGAUGAGGAGGGAAAGGGUGUUCAUUCUGUGUACAGCAGAGACAUUAAACUUGCUGUAUCCAGGCUGCAUCAUCUACCUGGAUUGUUUCUGUUGUUUUCUAUGUUAUUUUUCCUCCGACUUUUAAUCUACUACCUUUUUAAAUGAGCUGUAUAAACACCAAAUUUGGGUACCAUAUUAUCAAGAUUCAAAGCACUAUUCCUUUCAUCCUUUAAUAACUCCAAGAUCCUCAAAUCUUCUGAUUUUUAAAUGUAAACAGAAAUGGAACCAUUGUGUUAAUAACAAUUUCUUGAAAACCUCAGAUGUUCUGCAAGUAGCCCUUUCCUAUGUGUCUUCUGUUACCCUAAGAGCAGAAUUUACUUUGAUUGGCAGUUAACAUUUUUGGGUUUGGUUGGUGUGUUUGGUUUGUUUGUUUUUUUUUUUUUUUUUUUUUUUUUAAUUCCUAUCUGGCACCUGACUCAUUGUACUUGAGUUUAUUGCCCUAUAACUAAAGGAUCAGGGUGACUAGAAACAAGAUCUGAGUUUCAGAGCUUUCCCAUUUAAAGAGAAAAUGCCUUAGAGUUCUGAUUCUUUACCAAAUAGUUCUCUGCUUUUAUUUAUAGCUUUUUCUUUACCUUGCCCAAAGUUCUGGCUUUGAGCAGUUUCCCUGUGUCUUUGCUGUUCUCGUUUCUCAGAUGCUUGGGGUCUCUAAUGAAACCCUGGAGGAAGGAACCAAGGGGAAGGGUGRGAUGGCACUUUUUCAAUGGCUUCUUUUUUUUUCCCCCUGUUGGAUUUUUAAGAUUAACCAUUCUCUGCUGCUAUUUCCUUGCAUAAUGUAAGUUUUUAACUGCGAUUUUGAGAUGAUUGAAAUGUACUUGAGGCUUUUUUUUUUCUC